AUAAGACAGGAGGGUGCUGAUACCAUUGGAAGAUUCUCUAGCAACCUCUCCACUCAUCAUGGAUGUGCUUACUGUGGCCGCUCUCCUCAGCCUCCUCUCUGUGAGCGCAGCUAAACCCCUGGAGUGUGAAGAUCUCAUUCAACCCUUACCCCUGAAUGAAAUUCAAGCAAAGAUAUCAGGGCAAUGGAUCUACACUGAAGCAAGAACAAAUCAUCAGCCAUACACUGAUUUAUUGAAAACAUUGAACAGCUCAUUGAUGGAUAUUGUGCUGUCACCACAAAAUGGCACUGCUGUCAUCAAACAGAGACACAUGUUGAGUGGAAAGUGUCAUUAUCAUCUCAUUAAUUUGAAUACGUCAAAUAACACCAUUCAUCGUUUACAUGCAAAUGGCACUACGACUAUUACCGUCCUGCCUUCCUGUUCUGACUGUCUUGUACUGAACUUCAUCAUUGUGGACGGCAAGAACAUCAUCAAAACACUCAAACUCUAUGGUAAAACAAGAAGGUUAAGUCCUUCUGACUUGGAGAUGUACCAGAAACAAGCAGAGUGUCUGGGGUUGCCAGCGCCAAGCUUCAAAGAUGAUGAAAAGCAAGAUUUAUGUCCUGAUGAAGAAAAACCCGCAAGCACAGAAGAGGGAGGGAGAGAAAAAAGUGGUCAUUGAGUGACAUAUUUGGAGAUAGAUGUCACACCCCAUGGCAUAUUAUUAUUGUACAUUAGAUUAUUAUAAUUUUGUUUGCUAUUUGCAUCACACAUGAUAAUACUCAUGGAAUAGAAUAGGACAAAUUUUCAAAUGCAGCCCACGUGUGUAAGAAUGAUUCUGUAAUUGGAUGAAUCCUAAUAAAUGAUUAACUACGAAUCCCUCAUUUUUGCUGCAUAUCGAAUGAAUUAGGAUUUUAUUGCCACUGAAGAGAACAUAAUGCCACUCAGAGUGACAAAAUAAAGCCAUACAAAAACACAA